GCAUCAUCACAGCAUCAGCUUUUAGGAAACCCAACGAAAUCCCCAACAAGAUGUACAAAUAUCUUUUCUGUCUGGCACUCAUCGGCUGCGCCUGCGCCGACAAUAUCAACAAGGAUGCCCAGAUCCGUAGCUUCCAGAACGAUGCCACCGACGCCGAGGGAAACUAUCAGUUCGCCUACGAGACCAGCAAUGGCAUCCAGGUCCAGGAGGCGGGCAAUCCGAACGGCGCCCGCGGUGCCGUGGCCUAUGUGUCGCCCGAGGGCGAGCACAUCUCGCUGACCUACACGGCCGACGAGGAGGGCUACCAUCCGGUGGGCGACCACCUGCCCACUCCGCCCCCCGUUCCAGCCUACAUCCUGCGCGCCCUGGAAUACAUCCGCACCCAUCCCCCGGCGCCCGCCCAGAAGGAUCAGCAGUAAUCCGGAGCAGCAACAGCUGUCCCAUGCCAGCAACACGAGAUCAAAAACUGCAGCCAGUCAUUGUUAUUUAGGGACGUUAUUCCAAUAGUUAUCGUUAAUA